AUGUACAGUCUUGAUGUGAACAGCAACAGCUCCGUCACCGGCGCAUCAUGGAGCCGGCAGGAGGACAAAGUUUUCGAGAAAGCUCUGGUAGAAUUUCCAGACGGCGUCGACGACCGUUGGCGGCGGAUCGCUGAAAUUUUACCCAGUAAAUCACCAGAGGAGGUCAGGGCACACUACGAGGCGCUGUUGUAUGACAUCGCCGAGAUUGACUCGGGCCGAGUUGAGCUGCCGUGUUAUUCGGAUGAGUCGGCUGCGCUUGGGUGGGACGACCGACCUAGGCCGAGGACGUCGGCUCAGAUCUCGUUCGGCUCUCGAGGUCGACACUCUGAUAUUGAACGGAAAAAAGGCACUCCUUGGACGGAAGAUGAACACAGGCUAUUCUUGAUCGGUCUCGAUAGGUAUGGUAAAGGUGACUGGAGGAGUAUUUCAAGGAAUGUAGUUGUGACAAGGACUCCAACUCAGGUUGCUAGCCAUGCUCAGAAAUAUUUUCUCCGUCACAAUUCAGCAAGAAAAGAGAGGAAAAGAUCGAGCAUUCACGAUAUCACGACCGCUGAUGACAGCUUGACAGUGCCUGCACCGACCAACCUUUCUAACCAGGGCGGAUUUCAAGAUUUUGGUUAUCCCAUGCCUUGA